UACAACUAGAUUGACAAAAAUGAACAUCCGUUACGCUAUUUUUCUGGUUUAUUUUGCAGUUUUGAGUGGAGCAAUUCAUAUGAAGAGAGAAAAAGAAGUAGCAGAAACCACCAAUGAACUGGAUAACCUUUAUGGAAGACAAUUACGUGAGAUAAAUCAACACAGGCGAUUACAGGAUAAAGACGAAGGCUAUAUCAGCAAUGGUAAUGCCUUUCGAAGCAACAAAAAACUUACUGAAAACAUUCGGACACUUGACCAGAAAUCAAACCUUGAGAAAAGAAAGAAAUUAGACAAGCCGAAGGGAAAUGGAAAAAAAGGUCUCGAAGAGGGUUACAAAUUUGAUAAACCAACGGAGCUUAACCCUGAUUCGGAUUUGGCGUUUUUAUUAGAUGGAAUGAGUAUUGAUGACCACGGAAAAGUAUAUCAGCCCAUUGGACGUAAUAUCAAGGAUAAAACGAGAGCCAUUGCAGACGGCUUGGAUUACCAUCCUGCACCUCCUUCUGAUACAAAUAAGAGAAAUUUUGACCAAACUGUACAUUUUUGGCCGGACGGAAUUGUUCCUUAUGGAAUUAAUUCAGCAUUUAGUGCUAGUCAGAGAACAGUUAUUAUAAAUGCAAUAGCAGAUUUUAAUGCUAAAACAUGUUUAAACUGGACACCAUAUGACAACAAUACUCAUAUUCACUACGUUGAAUUCGUUAUUGAUACAAAAAAUUGCUAUUCGUAUGUUGGAAAAAUUUCUGCAAGUCCACAAUCGAUAGGUUUGACAAAUGGCUGUGUAAACACAGGAACAAUCAUUCAUGAAAUGUUACAUGCCAUUGGUUCUUGGCAUGAACAAUCUCGUCAGGACCGAAACAACUAUAUGACUGUUGAUAUGGACAAUAUACAAGAUGGAAGGGGAGCUAACUUCUUUAUAAGACAAACAAGUAUUGAUUCUCCAUUUGACCCAGCAUCCAAUGUAAUGUACGGUAUAUAUGCAUUCACAAAAAAUGGAGAUAAAACAGAAAUAUUCCAUGACUGGAGACAGGAGUUUCUUGCAGGAACUGGUAAAACUUUGAGUUUCUAUGAUAUUGCUGAUGUUACUGCGGCUUAUGGAUGUACUGAUUCGUGUGUCUCACCACCUACCUGUCAGCACGGAGGAUUUAUUGAUAAAACUUGUUCAUGUUCUUGCCCUGCAGUUUUAAAGGGCAUCGUUUGUCAACAACUUGCUUCAAGUACCGCCAAUUGUGGAGGUAUCAUAAACAUAGCAGGCGGUGAAAAAUAUAUCCUGACGUCGCCAAAUUACCCAUCGAAUUAUGACACCGGUUUGGAAUGUGUAUGGUUGAUACAGGGAGAUACUGGCAACCAUAUAAGAGCAACUGUUACCGAUAUGGAUAUAAGCAAUAACGGCAAUGCGUGUUAUCACUGGAUAGAAAUGGUUUAUGACCUCCUUGCCAAUAAAGGUCCAGAGCGAUGUGGUACUACAGACCAUGAAGUCUGGGAUACAUCUUCCGACGAAGAAAUGAAUACAAUGAUCAUCAAAUUUGACAGCUUUGUGGGAAGUGAUAAGGCGACCGCAAAGGGAUUCAGUAUAACAAUAGAAUCAAUAGGAACAGGAUGCGAGAAUAAUCCAUGUGUUCAUGGCUCGUGUUACAGUCCAAUGAAUUCAGACAGCUAUACCUGUACAUGCAACCAGGGAUUUUUUGGAGCCAACUGUGACGUACCUUCAGUGUAUUCAAUAUUCGAGUGUACUGCAGAGAUCGACCAAAACUGUGUUUUCGUUCAAUCCACUGAUGACACGUUUAACUGGGGGAAACGAUCAGGUCCAGCUAAAUAUUAUACAUAUAGUGGAAUAACGGGAGUGACUGGUCCUGGUGGUGCAAAAGAGGGAUUUGUAUAUUUAUAUACAAGGACUUAUCCAGAAAGGAGACCGGGCGAUGAUGCAGUUAUGUCUACUGAGAUAUCUUUUCCAAAGGUCAAGCGAUGUUUGUCUUUCUGGUACCACAUGCGCAGUUAUUAUGCAUCACAUAUGGGGACACUACAGAUUACUAUGACAGAUGGAACUGGAGAAGAAACGUUAUUGUUUACCAAAUCGGGAAAUCAGGGAAAAGAAUGGAUACAAGCAAAAAUAGACAUACCAACUGUUGAUAAUUUGAAGCUUACAAUUAACGGAACCUCAGGGCCUGGUUGGAUGUCAGAUAUGGCAAUAGAUGGUAUAUAUUUGGUUCCUGGUACCUGUGAAAGUCCUCUAACAACACCAGCUCCAACAACUCCAACCACAACAACUACUCCGACUACAACAACUACUCCGACCACAACAACUACUCCGACCACAACAACUACUCCAACCACACCGACAACAGUUCCUGAAAUAGUCAUUGAAUGUGGAUUUGAACAAGGACAAACAUGUGCAUUCGAAAAUAUUGAUGCCGACGACUUCGACUGGAUUUUAUAUAAAUCCGGAUCAACAUCUACCAAAAACACUGGUCCUUCGGCUGCAUACAGUGGUGACCAGUAUGCCUAUAUUGAGGUAAAUGGUCAAGAACAGGACUAUUAUGCCAUUUUGAGCUCAGUGAAUACCGACCUGUUUUCCUCGUCGUUUUGCCUUAGUUUUUAUUAUCACAUGUAUGGCAAACAUAUUGGCGAUCUAUCAGUGUAUUCAAAGGAACGAAUAGAGGGCGUAUGGCACACUGUUUGGACUCGUUCCGGCAAUCAAGGAAAUCAAUGGAUACAUGCUCGUGUGGGUAUUACUGGUGAUAUAGAGUCAGAUAUUGUUAUUGAGUUCGAGGCUACGAAAGGAGGAAGGUGGAAUAGAGGUGAUAUUGCAAUUGAUGAUAUAACAUUGAGUACCGGUUCUUGUAAUUAGGUUGUUACAUUACUCUAUAUUGAGUGAACUGAUAAGUCAAUUGAUUGACUAACUUUAUUAUUAUUAUCUAUUCUAGAAAUGUACCUGAUAGUCCAGCUUAUAUUUCCCGAAAUUCCCUUUUUAAUUUUGUUUUUAUAUCAGAAGAUAUACUAAAAACCAAUUAGAGGCCAGAAACAAGUAUUUCAAGUAUUUAAUGACAAUUUUUAUU